UCUAAUAUUUUUCUUUUUUGUCUUUUCAGGAAAUUGGUAAAAAAUUAUCAACCAAAAAAGAAAGAUGAGGACGAAUGUCAGUUCACUUCUACAAAAGCAUUUAUGGAUAUAUUGCGUGAGCUCUUUGACCUAGCAGGCCAGCAUGAGAUAAUUGCAGAAAACACACAAAUACAGAUAAUCAAAGAAAUACAACAACUUGUUGUAGAAUUGAAACAAGAACGGAAAAAGGGUUUACAAGAAGGAACAAAAGUACAGCAAAGCCUUAUUUUGUCAACUCAGCAAUUGGAUAAGACAAAGAAACAAUAUGAGAGAGCAUAUAGGGAAGCAGAAAAAGCUAUUGAAGCCUACAAAAAGGCAGAUGCUGAUAUCAAUUUGUCUCGAGCUGAAGUUGAAAAACAAAAAAAUUUAUCAAUAUCGAAGACACAGAUUUCAGAAGAGUGUAAGAAUGAUUAUGCUGCCCAGCUGGAAGUUACAAAUAAACAUCAAAGAGAAUAUUAUUCUCAUUUACUUCCUAAUGUAUUUCAGCAAUUACAAGAUAUGGAUGAAAAAAGGAUUAGCCGACUGAAAAGCUUUUUGAAAUCUUUUGCUGACCAAGAAAAGCGCGUGUUACCUAUCAUAAAUACUUGUAUAGAAGGAAUGUUCAAAGCUGUAGAUUCUAUUAGUCCAAAAGAGGAUUCUCGGUUAGUGAUUGAGCGCUACAAAUCUGGUUUCACCCAUCCUUCGGACCUUCCAUUUGAAGACCUUAGCUGCCCUACUCCUGGAGAUAGUUACCCUCACAAUUCCGCCCCUCGCUCCCAAUCAUCAACAGACUUUAAAAAUCAAAUAAAACCUGGAACUGUGGGUGGCAGAACGAAAAAGAGAGGGGGCCUUUUUUCAAUAUUUGGUUCUUCAAAGGGAAGAUGGAUGUCAAAAUCUAUCAUUGGAUUACUGGUGGAUGAUCAGAAAGAAGACUUCAGUGAUCUACCCCCCAAUCAGAGGAGGAAGAAACUACAGCAGAAGAUUGAUCUUAUAAACAAAGAAAUUGGUAAAGAAACAGCUGAAAGGGAGGGUAUGCUGAAGAUGAAAGAUGUAUACAUAAACAAUCCAGCACUUGGUGAUGCUAGCAGCUUGGAUAAAAAACUGGAAGAGAACGCACAGAAACUUGACCGAUUGAACCAGGAACUGAUCAAAUUUGAGAAUUAUAUGGCUGAUGCAGAAGGCAAAGUGGUUAGAAGACACAGUACUGCUAAUGACUCUUUGUCUAACAGUCCCUCUGAGAGCAGCGUUCAAUCAAAUACAGGUCCCUACAUAUCUGCUCCAGGAACUCCCAUUGCACACCACUAUGCGCACGGUUCUUGCGGAGAAGACAGUGAAAAUGGACCUAUAGCUGGUGGAGAAGAUGGUGGUGAGGAAGUUGAUGGAGGGGGAGAAAUUGAUUAUGCUGACCAAGAAUCAACUGAAGAGGAAUUUGAUGAGUUUCCGGUCAUUGGAUCUUGUCGUGCUCUUUACCAGUUUGAAGCAAUGAAUGAAGGCUCAAUAUCAAUGGAAGAAAAUGAACAGAUGUUUGUUCUUGAACAAGAUCAAGGUGAUGGCUGGACUCGUGUUCGCAAGAAAAAUGGCUCAGAUGGAUUUGUCCCUAGCUCUUAUAUUCAGUGUACAUUGUAUGGACUUUAAUAGUCACUAUGGUUCAGUUGUAAGUUGAUCAAUGGGACAGUAUUUUGCUCUCACAUGGAAUGCAGCAAUACAUUUCAGCUGUCUUACCAUUAGAUAUCAGAUGAUGAACCGGUUAGAUUCCAUCAGUGCAACUAAAUCAUCCAUUUCAUAAGAGCAUUGAAAUAAGCAUCAAACAAAAAUAUCUUACAAUUCAUAAAAAUAAACAAAAAGAAAGAAUCAUUACCUGCUGAAUGGCAAAAUAGUGGGGACAGCUAAAGUUAAUUAGCUCUUUAGUAAUAAGAUUAUACUUAAGUGCAUUGCAGGAAGCAUUGUUUUUAGCAUGUACUUUGUAUGACAUGAGACAAUAACUGCAGAGUUUCUUUUUCUUCUUUUGUUUUAAAUACCUAAACAGUUGAUGUAAAAAAAGUUUAAAAUCCUGCAAAUUUGUUAAUGGUUGCACAGACAACUAUCCUUGUUGUCUGUUGACUAGUUUUGAAUCAGUGGCUGCAUUGAUCAGUGGUGAAUAGUGCAACUAAAAUUUAUGCUGUUUGGAAUUGUUUUAAUUUCUUAAGAUUUUUUCUCUAGUCCCAGUCACAUUUAAUAUUUAAAAAAAUAAACAAAUAUAUUAAUAUAUUUCAGAAAAUCAUAUACAUAAUACUGUAAAAAAGGAAGUAAGGGUGAUGCUUAAAAAGAGAAUAAUUUCAGGAAAAACAGUAACAAAUCUUUUAGUUACCCACAUCUAUAUAUGAUAAAAUAAUUUUACAUUUUAACUCCAAAAUAUUUUAAAACUGUCUUCUCAAAUUAUAUAUGCUAAGUUAAUCCUGAUCUUGUAAAUUUUGAAAUUUUUAGCAAUUAACUUUUUAUUUCAAAUAAUUCCUAUAUACUUCUAAUUUAAUUUUCAUCAGUUAUAAUUACCCCCUACUCCAAGAUCUAGUAUAUACAUAUGUACUUUAUGAAUUGUUUUAUAAAAUAUUUACACCCUAAAUGGUCCUUAAUCAAACUGCCUUCAGUAUACCAACUGCAAUAUUUCUGACAUUCUUGUAACUACAAAAUUUCAUUGAAACUCUCACUUUGUAAGUGCUCUUCCACAGUGACCUCUUGGUGUGUUGCUCACAUGAUCUAAGCAUGCAUGGGAAAAAGGGAAAAAAAUCUGUCUUAUUCUUAGCCACUAUCUCCUGUCUCUUAUAAUGUCAUUGAAGCAUUUCACAUUUAUUACUCUAAAAUUACACACACAAGCAUAUAUGUAUACAUGUGAAUGUGUUAUAUAUACACUCACACAUAUAUGAAUGCAUGAUUUCACUUUGUUCUGAACAACAUGGAAUUAUUUCAUUAACAUCAUCUAAGCCUGUUGUACUUAAUGGAUUUAUCCAUAGAAAUUAACAGCUCUGGUUGUCUUUUAUGUGCAACUCUCAGUUGUAGUCUGGUUUCAGUGAAAAUCUGUGAUAAACAAAGGUAUAAAAAUAAAACAAUCAUGAAAAAUAUUUCAUUUUUACAGAUCUUUGAGUGAAACAAAAGGUAAAAGGAAACCUGAGUGUUUCCUCCUCUUCCUUCUUAUUUGAAUGAACACACUGAUAUGUUAAAUUAGCUGGAAAAGAAAGCCAGCAUUAUUUACCCAUCUAUUUUUCUAUUUUCUAUACUAUGUCUUUCUGAUUGUGUUUCCAACUUUUUUUUUUUUGUUACUUUGUAUACUUUCAUUAUUUCUAAGUAUGUCUCUUCCAACACACACAUGCACACACACACACACACAUACCCAAAGGACCAACUUCCUUAGUUCAUGUUCAGCUAUAAUUAUUUGUUUGAUAUUAGUUUGACACUACAAUUAUAUGUGCAAUUAGUUUGACACUACAAUUAUAUUUUACAAUUCUGUAAAAGAUUACUUUAAAAAAAUAGUUGUACUAUUGAAAUGUAAGUGUCAGGAUGCAUAUGUGUGUAAUACUUUGCUCUCCCUCUCAUUAAUAGAUUUUUGCAAUUUCUAUUUCUCAGUGUAGGUUUUCUAAAAAAAAGAUUCUGUUAUGCAGAUCCUCUCUUUACAACUUUCUAUUAUUUUUGAGUUGCUUUUGUUCAUUGUGUUUGCUAAAUUUACAAAAACAUGACUCAAAAUCUUCUGAGAUGAUAAAACAAAAAAGAAAGAUAUUUGGGAGAUAGUAACAAUUGUAAGAAUGUGUGUGUGUGUAUGUAUAUAUAUAUAUAUAUAUAUAUACACACACACAUAUAUAUACACUUUUAUUAAUGUACAAUGCUGUUUUUAUUAUUUUAUUGCUGAUUUAUAUAAUUAUCUAUUUAGGCUGCAUGGUUCAAUUGUAUUUGUGAGCUUUACAGAAGGGCUACAUAGCUGGGUUAGUGUUAACUUCAGGGCCAGGCACGUGGUUGGGUUCUAGUAUUAUUUUCUUGGGUGGGUUACACAAUUGAACUGUAAUACUAUCAACUUACAAGACUAGAUAAUUACAGAAAUAUCUCCUUAAGAGAGCUGCAAAGCUAAACUGUAAUGUGAUUUUCUUGAGAAGAUUACAGUUGAACUGUAGUAUAGUUCUCUUAGGAGGAUUGCAUACCUGGAUUGUAAUGUGAUUUUUUAGAAAGAUCUCAUCACUUUUCAAACUCAUGUUAUAAAUAUCUAUACUGCAAAAAUGUUAUAUAUUUUAUGAAGUUUCUAAAGAUUUUGUUCAAGAUUAUUUCCUCAGUGUAGUAGCUUACAUAUAAUGGAAAUACAAAAUUUAAAAAGUAAAUAAAGUCAAUUAAGAUUGAUUGAACACUUCAGAAAUUAAAUCAUUUGAGUAUAUUCAGUGUUCAAUGAUGGCGGUAUCUAUGCAAAUGUGGUUGCUGAAGAAAGGAAAACAUUCUUGUAUUUUGUGUGUGUGUGUGUGUGUGUGUGUGUACAAAUACAUACAUAUAAAAUGUGUGGAUUUUUAAGUUUAACAAUGCCAUUGUCUGUUUCCAGAAAUGCUCUUUGUUGAAAGAACAUUUCAUGUUCUCCUUGGUAUUAUUAAAUUCUAAUGUAAUAUGUUUUCCACUUGUGUGAAAUACACUAAGCUAGGUAUGCAACUUUAUUUUUAAAAGCAGCAGCUUAAAGUAUUAACUUUUUAUUCAACUAUUCAGAUAUUGAGCUUUUUUAUAUAUAUAUAUCUAGAUAUACUUUGCCAAGAUUAAAUUGCUACCUUAAAUUCUGGUGAUUUUUGUCCAUUGGAUAAUAUUUACAAACAUGAGAUCUUGGCAAUUUUUCUGAUUCAAAACUAAAGGAAGUACCAGUUCCUUGUUUUUAUGUUAUUAAAUAAAAAUUAAGAUAGUUGAAACUUAGUUUUGUUUUUUUUUAUUUAAAAGUAAACUUGCACUCAGAAUAGUGUAUUAAGAUUACUUCAAUUCUUCACCCAAUAAUUACCAACUGUUCAAUUCUUUAUCAACUUUGUGCUCUGGUUGUUUUGUUUGGAUAAAUUUCAUUUCCUCACUGUGUAUGUUUACAGAAAAUCAAUAGAAAGAAAUAAAAAAAUAAAAAAAUUCACAUAGAUGAAUUUUCAGAAAUAAAAACAUCCCAUUUAAAAUAUAAUUUUGUAUAUUCAUUUGAAGAGAAUUUCCUUUUACAUUAUUGGCAUUUGAUCCUAUUCUUUGAUGCAUAUAUCUUUCAUUUCUUUUUCUUCAUAUAUAUAUAUAUAUAUAUAUAUAUAUAUAAAUCCUUUUUCGUUUUGUUUUUUGUCUCUCCUUUUUGAAAUAUGCUGAGAAAUUGUUUUCCCUACCUUCUAACUCAUUAUCUCUAAAACUAUAGAUAAAUGUGUAUGAAAUAUUAAUUGAUAAUUAAGGCAAUUUUCUUCAAUGUGUCACCUUUUCAUAAGCUUAUCUGUAUGCUUCAACUUAUCUUCCCAGCUUAGAAUUCUUUAGUUUUUUUUUGGGGGGGGGGUGUGCUAUAUAUAGUUUUUGAUGAUCAAACAUAUACCACUCCUUUCCACCAUAGCUUAAAGUAAUUCAGUUACCCCUCUCUCUUUUUUUUUUUUUUUUUGUCUUCUUUGCAAUACAAAUGACAAGCUUAUAAGGCAUGUGAAAUGUAGAUUUGCAUUGUUGGAUUAUGCUGUCUGAGCUUUUGGUUUUUGAUAAAUAUUUUGAAAGAAGACUACAUUUCUUUUGGUGGCUUUUGGUUUUUUUUUGGCGGGGGACACUAAAAAACAUAAUGAAUCAAAAUGGAAAAGGCAAAAGAAAAAAAUAAUAACCAAGAGAAUGAAAUUGAAAUAACUUCCCAAAAAGGAGGGGUAUAAAAUUUCUUCAGCUUGCUUACAAACUCCUAAUUAUUUGCUUUUGAUAAUUGUAAAAAUUAAGAAAUGUAAUUUAACCCAUUCCCCCAACCUUCAUACUAGUGUGGAUUGGUUUACUGUUUUCAGGUUUCAGCUUAGAAUGAAAAUAUCCAGUUCGUUAAUAAUACCAGAAAUUUCGGGAGGGGGGUGGCGUUCUUCCCUCAUUCCAUGCCCUUUCUCGUGGGAUAUCUGGCUUAGUGGUAAGUUCACACUAGUUCUUUACUUCUAUCUCAGAGAACUGAUUUUAUUUAAAUCUGUCAGGAAUAUAUGAAAAAUGGAGUUAAGAUUUAAAAAAUGAUUUGCUAAAAUUAAAUAAAAAUAUGUAUAAAUAAAGUAAUAAAAAAGUAAUUCUUGCUAUGUUUUAAUUUGAA